AAAAUAUUCCUCUUAAAAAUACCAACAUUCUUUUCUCGCGAAUUUGUGUUCUUUUAGGCUACCAAAAACGCGAAGCAUAGUUUUGUUAGUGAAACUGAAAGGAAAAAACUAUAUAGUGGAAAAGAGGAUUGUAUGUAACAUCGACUGGCGAAGAUUUUUCAAAAGUGUAGUGCUGUCUGAUCUGCAUGUGCGAAAUCGAAUCUCAGUAAUUGUGUAAAUUUUAGUCACGAUCAAUUUCAUAGUGGUGUGAUUACUACCACCCACCAUUAAUGAUCACUUUCUAUGCUAUUUGAGUAAUGUUACUGAAUGGGGAGAGCCGUGGUCACCAGUAAGUAAUGAUUCAUCGCUGGUUUUCAAGUAGUGAUUAGCGAAAGCAGUGAUUGUAUUGGCAUCCGUGGCGACGUGAAACAGAUCGAGCAUAAACCUAUUCACCGGCGUAUGGACACUUUAAGAACCGCCCGCAAGUCAGUUUAGGUUCCCGUUUUAAAUCGCACUAGAGUAUUAUAAUUUAACCUGCGUAACCCGAUUCGAAAAAGAAAAACUGUGUUCAUCAUGAAUCAACAACCAUCGGCACCGGGAGGUGGAGGCUACGCGCCGUACGCGCCCUAUCCUCCAGGACCAACUGUGGAUGAUAAAUCCGGGCAGCAAGCACCGUAUGCUCCUCCGUAUCCAUCCUAUCCACCGAUGCAUCAGGAAGGUGGUAUGGGAUACCCGCCGGCCGGCCAGGCACCUUACCCGCCAGGCCCCAUAGUAGGAGGCUACCCGCCCGCAGCUCCGUCGCCGUAUCCACCGGCGGGUCCGCCCACGAUGCAGUAUGCUCCGGCUCAACCGUACGGAGCGUAUCCCCAACCGGUAAUGGUUCAACCAGGCAUUCCGGGACACCCACCACCCCAGAUGGCUGCUGCUCCGGUAGCCGCCGGCCAGCAGGCAACAGGUGGUUGGAUGACUAUUCCGCAAGGGAUACCGAAUUGUCCUCCCGGCUUGGAAUACCUUACGUCCAUUGAUCAGCUGUUGGUACACCAGAAGGUCGAGCUGCUGGAAGCGUUUGUCGGAUUCGAAACAGCAAAUAAGUAUACCGUAAAAAAUACGCUAGGCCAGAAAGUUUACUGGGCCGUUGAAGACACGGACUGCUGUACCCGAAACUGUUGUGGAGCUGCUCGACCAUUUGACAUGAAAAUUUUAGAUUACUACCAGAAUGAAGUGCUGCACUUUAAUCGGCCGCUGCGCUGUCAAUCCUGCUGGUUCCCGUGUUGCCUGCAGACAAUGGAGGUUUCAGCGCCCCCGGGCAACGUAAUUGGCACCGUGGAACAGGACUGGUCCAUUUUUACUCCACAAUUCAGCAUCAAGGACCAGUCAGGAAAUACGGUACUUAGAAUCGAGGGUCCGUUUUGUACCUUUAGCAUAUGCGGGGAUGUUGAAUUUAAGGUUGUAACGAACGAAGGUAGCCAGGUGGGAAAAAUUUCCAAACAAUGGUCUGGAUUUGCACGCGAAGCUUUCACUGAUUCCGACCAUUUUGGCAUUAACUUCCCGAUGGAUCUUGACGUAAGGGUGAAAGCAACUCUGUUGGGCGCGUUGUUCCUGAUUGAUUUUAUGUUCUUUGAAAAAUCAGGAAACAAGGAAGCUGAUCGUCCGGGAAUGUUUUAAACAAUGUUUCAAAACAUUUACACCCUAAAAUAUAUACGUCUCAUGAAUGAUAAAGAUGUACUAGGCGGCGAUUUUCAGCGAUAUGGUGGCAGUGUAUGUUUGGUAUAAGAACAAUCUGACAGACUUGUAUUACAAACAAAGGUAAUGUGCUAUCAUAAUUUUCGCUAUAUGUGUAUGUUGCACAAAUACUAUUUUGCGUACGCGUAGAGCUGAUGCUCCGUCAUCUUAAAAUAAGAAAAUACGUGUUUUCAGUGCCAGGGAUAUUAUUUAUAAGUUACCUUAAUGCACUUAGAGUUACUCUUACUCAAUUUUCAAGAAUGUUUGUUUUCGUUUUUCCAAAUUCCUCAUUGAAACAAAAUAUGCAACGAAAAUGCUUAAAGUGGAUGACACAAAACAAUCUCAGAUAAUCUAUAAUUCAUAUACAUAUAGUUGCUUGGUUGAUUCUAUUUAGAGCAAAUGACUAAUAACUAAAUCGCAUAAAAAUGUUGUCGAUAUUAUCAACAUAUACCGCAAGUACUAUUUACCAUAUUCUUACCUACCAGGUUAUAACUCGAGAAAUGCAUAAGUAGGUAUAUGCAGCACAAUGCAAAGAAUUCAUAAUUUUGAUACGCUCUUUUUAUCUUCCAUCAUUUAGACGCCAACAAAUUCAUAUGUAAAUGGUUCGCAGAAAAAAAUUUAAAUAAACUGUUAAGCUAUUUG